AUGGCAUCGACAACGACAAACUCAACAGACGAUCCUCUUCGCGAGCCGCCGGGUAGCAGUAAGGCUGCAAAUAAUGUUGCACAUGACGGUAGACUCAAGCUUGGUGACUUCACCAAGCUGGACUCCGACAGUCUCACGGACUGGGCCUCCCCGAAGAAUGCAAAGGCUUCGGCUUCUGACUCAACCCCGUCCCUUGGAAAUUUCAAACGGCUUUUCCAGCAAAUUCGUCUCAAUGGCAAUGAACCAUCUCAGCAGCAGCGAAAGUCAUUGGCUUCCCCAAAGGUACAGUCGAUCACGAUAUGGAAGCGACCUUCUGUACCGCAACCCACCAACAAUGCAGACAGUGCCCCCAAACCCUUGGCUGUGGCUAAGCAUUCCCAUCAUGAGGAUCAGGAGCAAACAUGCAUUGCCGCCUCAGGGCAACCGAACCGGAGCACUGAAGGCCGUAUUCAUUACAUGAAGAUGGCAAGCGAAAUCCAUGAGAAGCGAACUGGAAAGGCUAUUAGAAUUACGAAGGAGACUGUUCUAAAGGAAGAGAUGUACAAGGAAUAUAAGGGUGAAUUCCUCAAACUAAACCAGCACAACUUCGACCCUAUUACCGACUCAGAGGCUGGAUGUGGUUCUGACACUGAUGUGCUGCCUACUACGUCUUACUCAACCGCUGCUUCAACACCACCAAGCUCAAGCGAGUCUCCGCUUAAGCAUUUUGACGAAACCAAAAAGAACAGGAAAGGUUCAAGUUCAGGCAAGGGCAAAUCGCAUUCCAGAGAUAGCUCUGAACAAAACGUAAUGGUCCUAGGUGGCAAUCAAUCAGACUAUGUCAGACAUGUUAUCUCAUAUCAGCAUUUCAAGUAUGGCCCCCUUACUGAGAUUCACGGUAACGUGCAGACCACUGUGGUCAAGCAUGAGGGCCUCAUGGGAAAGCUCGUUCAUGAGCGGGUUAUAGACUCUAUGAUCUGCAAGGAUUAUCCCACCAUUGCAGACAAUGGAAUUCAUGUCUUUGUCGACAUGUCCAACAUCAUCAUUGGGUUCCAAAAGGCCCUGAGAGCCAGGUUUGGUUUGCCAGAGUCCUCACGCUUUGUUCCGCUUCCACAAAUGAACCUCGCCUUCUUUCACGAACUUCUUACCCGCGAUCGAUACGCGGAAUGGCUCAACGUUGGCUGUUCUGUGCGUCCCAACCGUAAUGAGCCUACUUUUGUCCAAGAACUCAAGGAUCUUGGCUACCGCGUCGACCUUCGUAAUCGUCGCCCCGAACAGUCUGGUGCUGAUAACCACAACACGUUCGAAGCCGGCGGUUUCCGUUAUGUCGAAGACAUGGUCGACGAAACCCUCCAAAUUAGAAUCAGCGAGUCUGUCAUGCAGUAUUUCGAGGACCCAGGCACGCUUGUCAUUGCUACUGGUGAUGCUCGGCCGGCCAAGUAUUCAGACGGCUUCCUGACACAAGCCCAACGCGCUCUGAAAAUGGGCUGGAGCGUUGAGGUUGUUUCCUGGAAAGCUAGUCUUUCUUCUGCUUGGACUACUCUUUUGAAGGAUCAGAGCAUCGGCUCCCGAUUCCGCAUCAUCGAACUCGACCAGUUCCUUGACGAACUCUGGAUCUGCUAA